AUGUCCCUCUCCGACUAUCGUCUCCUGACAUUCGAUGUCUAUGGCACCCUCAUCGACUGGGAAGGGGGUAUACUCGCUGCCUUCCAACCCACCCUGGACAAGAACAAUGCCCACUUCUCCCGCGAGCAUCUCCUCCUCACCUACCAUGAGUUAGAGCGAGACCAGCAGACCAAGACCCCCGACAUGCCCUACCACCAACUGCUGACAACCGUGCACCCGCACUUCGCAGCGCGCCUAGGUCUCGCAGCCCCCACCGCAGAGGAAAGCAAGACCUUCGGCGAGUCCGUCGGCAACUGGCCCGCCUUCCCAGAUACCGUGGAAGCGCUCAAGCGACUCGCCAAGCAGUACAAGCUGGUGGUCUUGUCCAACGUGGACCGGGAAUCCUUUGCGCGCAGCAAUGCCGGUAGUCUCGAGGGCUUCCCUUUUGAUCUGAUCAUUACCGCGCAAGAUGUCGGCAGCUACAAGCCGGACCUGAGAAACUUCCGCUAUAUGCUGGGGGCGGUGCAGACUGAAUUCGGGGUGGAUGCGACGCAGGUGCUUCAGACGGCGCAGAGCCAGUUCCAUGAUCAUCACCCCGCUCGGGAGGUGGGGGUGAAGUCUGUGUGGAUUGAGAGGCCGGGGGCUACGAUGGGCAAUAUGGCGGAGAAUUUCUUUGAUUGGCGGUUUGAUACCUUGGGGGAGAUGGCUGAUGCGCUGGACAGGGAAUGA